AUCGAGCUGGUGGCGAAAAGAAUGGCUCAGACUAAAAAUUGUGUACUUUGUUUGUGCUACGAACAAAAAUGUUUGCUAGACGUGUGCUGUGAAAAUAAUGAAACGCCGAACAAAACUCGCAUCAUAACAAAACACCUGGGGUUUGAUCUCAAAAUAACGCCACAAGCGCAGGUAUGCGUGGAAUGCUGGAAAAGUGUGUACGACUUUCAUCUGUUCUACUGCAAGGUACAAACCAUACACAAUGAGGAAUACACCGAAUUGGAUCCAGCUGGAAAGAUAGCAGAUGCUAAUGCCAAGGACGAACUGGGAUGCGAAGUAGAGUCCUUUUUGGGAGGUACAGUAAAGGCUGAGCCGUUGGAGGUGCAUCAUGACAGGGAUGACACGGAAACGGAAUAUAUCGGCAGCAGCUACACCCAGCCUAGCGGUAUCGAAGAUGAUGCUAGCAAUCGACCCAGGCGCCGAGUAAAGCCUCCGGAAAGGUUUAAACCGGACCCGAGUGACAUGAUGCGGUAUGAAGGUAAACUACCGUUCGUGGAAGUGGAUGUCAUCGCUACCGACGAUGACGACGGGGACCAGGCGUCCGUCGGAACGAAUUAUCUCGACGGUGCGCAAUCAAACACCGAUACCGAAGCGGUCGUGGUUGUGCCACCGAAAAAGAGGCGGGGGCGGCCACCGAAGAAUCAAAAGACUGUCGUCCAGGAAGAAAAACCACCCAAAAAAAAUGUAACCAGGGGUAGGCCACCGAAUGCUACCGAUGAGCCUCCUAAGAAAAGAAGGGGACGUCCGCCGAAAAAUACACCGCUCGAGAGUGAGACCCCAGCAAAGGUGCCGAAAGCGAAAGCAACCAAAACAAGAACCCGAAAAAGUAUUAACGAUUUGAGCACCGACUCCGAGCAGGAUGUACAUUCCGAUUUUGAAUCUUCCGUAAGCCUGUGGCAGUGGAAGGCAAUGGGUGGUAAGGAAGAAGACUUCAAAGGGAAGAUGGAAUCAUCCAGUAAUUCAGGCAAAAAACGGGUCUUCGGACCAGGCGGUCGAGACCUCAGACUGUUUGCGUACAUCGAUGAGUUUGUCUGCGAGUACUGUCCCGAGAAGGUCCAGUUCGAUCGGUUCAUCCAUGCGACCCGACACUACAGGGAUGUUCACAUGGAACGAGCCUAUUUAAAGUGUCCCAAGUGCGACAAAAAGACCUACACGUCGGGAGAAUUUGUGACCCACGUGGAAACUCACAAUGAUCCGGAUAGAUGCAAAUGCACAAUCUGCGGUAAGAUGACGCUAUCAAAGGUGGCUCUGAAGAAACACAUGCGCUGCCAUCAGCUGGAUUUGGAGGAGAACAAUCCGUUCCCGUGCAGGCUGUGCUCCCGGCGGUUCGAGGCGGAAUAUAAGCGGGACAAACACGAACUGCUGCACCGACCGAAACCGAUCAUCCCCAAGCAAUACGGUCGUGACGAAGCCAUGCUAGAGUUCUACCAGCGCAUCUACUGUGACCUGUGCGAAGAGGUGAAACCGGACUCGACAUCGUUCGACAACUUCUGGGAUCUGAAGGUGCAUAUGAACAAGCAGCACGAAAAGGCACCGUAUCUCAAGUGUCCAAUUUGUUCCAAAAAAAUGGGCGUGCGGCAUCAGAUAAUGAUGCACAUUGACGUGCACAAGAAUCCGGAACUUUAUAGGUGUGAAGUUUGCAACGAGAUUCAUCAGUACCUCGAUCGCCACAUGAUCUCAGCCCAUACGCCAUCAACGGCGGCACCGGAAAAGAAACGCUACAACUGUGAGCAGUGUGGAAAAGUAUUUAAAUUCCGCUGGAAACUGAAGUAUCACAUCAACGAAGCGCAUGGUGUGAAGGAUGUGUCCUGUGACAUUUGCAAGAAAUUCUUCACCCGCCCGGCGCUUGCCGCACACAAACGAAAGGCACACAUCGAAGGCGAAGCCUCCUUCCUGUGCGAUCAUUGCCCAAAAUUGUUCAACAAACAGCAAACCCUCCGGAUGCACAUAGCCGUUGCGCACGAGAACCGCCGAAAGCACAAGAAGUGUAACCUGUGCGGCAAGGAAGUCACCGGCAUGACGAAGCACAUGCAGAUGGUGCACCCGUCGGAAGGCCCGGUAAGCUGCGACCUGUGCGGUAAGAACUUCCGCUCACCAUUCCACAUGAAGCGCCACCGGCUGAACACAUGCGAGGUCACCAUGAACGAUCGGCCAUACAAGUGUGAGGUGUGCGGGAAGGGAUUCUCGCUCAAGCUGACGAUGACCGAGCACAUGACGACGCAUACGCGCACCAACCUCUACCAGUGUGCGUUCUGUCUGAAGACGUACGGCUACCUGUCGAACCUGCAGAAACAUCGUAAGAAGGCCCACCCGCAAGAGUGGCGCGAGGUGAAAGGGGACCAAAGUAUUGUCACCGUCAUCCCGCUCAGCGCUCCCGUUGUCGCGCCGGUCACGGAGUACGAAAUUCCGAUAGCAGGACAGUGAGCUUUGGUGUCCAGUUAGCACAAGACCGGCACAUUUUAGCAGGUUUUACUAAACAGUUGAGUUCUUUCACUCUUUUCUAACCGGGAAGGUUGGAUGAGCUAAGCUAAGGCAUUCUACAUGGCGUCCACACGGAGCGGAUAGCAGAGUUAAGAAGUUUACUCAACCAGGCCCAUUUAAUCUGCUCUCCUCAGCAGGCACUGGAUGCCGCUUGCAAAUAGCUUCAAAUCUCGAAUCUUUACCCCAGGCAAUUCGGAAUGGGUAUUGAAAAUGUUUUUACUGUUCCGUUUAGGAAAAAAAUCACUGAAAAUGUCUCGUUGUUAAGGAGAGGUAAAACUAAUUAAAUUGUAGGUAAACUGAAGGACACAUCAACACAGAUGAACUUUACCCACAAAUUUAUUAUGGCAUCUAUAGCGUACCUCAAAGAGAAUUAAAAAAAAAACUAUGCAACAGGUGUAUUACCGAGAAUAAUAAACAAGAAGAAAAAGGUUCUAACAUUUCUUAACACUUAAAA